UCGGACUCAUUGUUCUUAUGUGCCUCAAGUAAUACAGAAACUGUUCAUAUCUUCAAGUUGGGCGACCAGAAUGACACUAAACCGCCUGAAGAGCCAAAAGGUGUUAUGGGAUAUCUAAGCGAAAUAGGUAUCAAAGCGGUGGGCAGUUAUUGGCCAUCGAUGGCCGAUAUGAUGAAUCAGUGGCGCUCGUUCGCG